AUGCAUCUUGUUUGGACCCCAGCUCAUAAAGGGAUAACCAUAAAUGAACAAGCGAACAAACUUGUUAAGAGUCAGCCGUACGACACCAAGAAAACCCAUUAUAUUACUCCGGAGGAUUACAUCAGCAUUAUAAACACUGAAAUGAAACAGCAAAUGGACAACGAAUGGUAUAACUUUCCCAACCACACAGACUAUCAAUGGCUCAUCACCGGCAGACACAUCCCCGUCAUGGACUAUACGGAUCGUUACACCACCAUCCUGAUACAUCGCGCCAGGACUAAUUCCCUCAUCACUAACUCCUUCCUCCAUAAACGUAACUUGAAAAAUACUGAUCGCUGCACCUUCUGCCUGACAGAGCAGGAUACAACGAUACAUCGGUUGGAUAACUGUCAUCGAUUUGAACCUGUUAGAAAAAAAAUUCUAAACAAUAACAAUAUCAUUCGUCACAAAAUCUUCAAGAUAAGUGAUUGCCUUAGAUUCACACCCAUCAGGAUUUGUAUACAAAGUAUGAUCACCUUUUUCACCGUUUACAAGCAGACCUAUAAUUACUGA